AUGCAAUCCACCGAAAAUCAAUAUUUACCGCAGUUGGUCCAGGCGUCAUCUAUGGCCACACGCAAAAGAUGUCCCCCCACAGCCCUCCGCAUUGACACUCCUGCUGAACACAGUCCCCUUAUAGUCCUCGCAACGGACGAGGCCACCUCUCCAUCUGCCCCCUCUUCUUCCGCUUCCGAUUCCGCAUCAAGCCCUCAGCUUCUUGCACAUAAAAAACCAAGGUCACUCAGAAACAUGAAAAAGCUGUCAAUUAAUCUUCCAUCGGCUCAAUCUUCGUCAAAUUCUCUUGUCUCACCGCUCUCAGAUUCCCUGAGUGCUAUUGACACACAUCAAGACCUUUACCAGGCUAUUCGUCCUAGACGGCCGUCUGUGCUCUCAUUGCCAAAUACUGGUAUUGCCACUGUCCUUCAUCGAACAGAUGAGGAUGGUUCUCCCACCGCACCAUAUGUGAAUGGUCCCAUUCAAAUUCUUCCUGGGAUCUGGCUUGGUUCUGAGGACAAUGCGCGAGAUUGGCCUGGCCUCCUGGAGCGCCGGAUCAAGGCGAUCCUCAACGUUGCAAAGGAAGUCACGUCACCUUUUGAUUCUUCUGCUGCGCAACCCCUGCGACCUUUCGCAUCAACUCCCAAUCUUAGCUCCAAGGCAUCCAAGGCAACGCAAUCCACGACCUCAACAUAUUACCCUGCCCAUAUUUCCUCUGGGCGUCCAGGCAUGCAUUACUUGAAGUUGCCAUGGUCUCACGGACAGGCAGAUCUUGUCCAGGAAGGAUUUCCUACAGCUAUGACCUUUGUAGAUGCUGCACUCAAUCGUCAUGAAGGCGUACUCAUCCAUUGCCAAUGUGGCAUCUCGCGCUCAGCUACACUGGUCAUCGCCCUUGUGAUGCGUGCCGCUGCCAUGUGUUUACCUAACGUACCCCCUGAGGUGUGGCAGCUGAAAGGCAUGCAAGCAGCAUACUCAUUUGUAAAAGAGAAAAGUAAGCAUGUUGGUCCAAACAUGUCUCUCAUUUACCAAUUAUUGGAAUAUGAAAAGGCUCUCAAAGGCGGCGGUCCCUCGCCCGCCGAAUCAGACAAGUCUUCUUUCAUCAGUGACGAAGAAAAGGAGUGGGGUCGUCGCCGUAACGCGUAUGGUAAUGAUGAAACGGAUGACAGAGACGAUGCUAUCCAACAGGAGGCUAAAGACCUCGACCGGGCUAUGGAAGAACGCAUAAUCGCAAGGAAACCUUCGGUAUCCUCCGUUGCUUCCUCAUCGGGGGUGGGCAUGGGUCCAGCGUGGCGCAGCCGAUAUGGGCGCAAGCGAACCGGCUCAGUUGCCAGCAUCCAUACAACCGGCAGUGUUCUAAGCGAGGAUUUGGUUGAAGCGGACGAGGAGCAAGAGCUCUUAGGAAUUGGUGGAGGCUUCGAUGAAGCCACAGAACCUCGAAGAAGUCCGUGUUUGUCAUUGUCCAGCGAAUCGCCUGGCACAAGCGAACAUAGUACUCAACCUUCGUCUUGUAAAGCUUCGCUCCAUCGCCCACCCUUACGAAGCAAAUCGUUUGAUCCCGUGCCUUCGGCACCUGCAACGAAACUUACAUUCAAUAUUCAUCAACCUCCUGGUACGGCAGUGCAAUCGACUUUCAACUUCCCUGCGGGCAAGGGCAAGCGGCGACCACCCCCGUUAGGCAUACUACCCACGGUACCCCCUUCCCCCAUCACACCUAUCGCUGUACAAGACAGUCAAGAGACACCCCGUACCCGUCGCCGGACGCCGGCUCGUAAACCAGCGCCACCUCCGCUCAAACUCCGCGGAAACGCCAGUCAAUUUGCAUUUCCCCCGAAAACUACUCCACCACGACAACUUAUUGCCGCGACGCCCUCUCAGACUUUGUUCGUCUUCCCACCUUCGCCCACACAUCUCACGACCGCAUUGCGCACGCCAUCUACCAUGACUGUAACAUCCAAUGUACAGAACACUGCUUACCCAUUCCCAUCACAACACACCCCACGAGUAUCCACCUCUCGCUCUCAUGGUCGUAUGAGGUCUUUUAUUGGCGUUGGGACUUCGGUGGCACCGACAACGGCAUAUUCUCGCGUUGAUGCACGAGGUUGGGUUGGAUUUGAGUAAACGACGCUGGUCUGCGACUUUGCACCUGUUAUGUUGCGUCGCUUCCUUUCGUACGCGCGUUCGCAGAAAGGCAUAAAUGAGACUUGUAUCAUCUAGAUCUGUUACGUAGGCCGUUGUUCGCAUUUCGUUUGUCCUUCAUGUUGUUGUUUUCAUCUUCGUGUCCAUUGCUUUCGUCUUCGUGUCCAUUGUUUUCAUUUGGACUGACAGCAUUUAUUAUGGCAACUUUCGCAAUUGUGUAACACUAGCUAUAUCACAACUGGCCUUUGGAAUCAAGUACGAUGAAUGAACUUUCAAUCAUCCAUUCAUCCGAACAAUCUCCCAACACUCUUCUUCAUGGCGCCACUCAGGAUCUGCCCACCUAUGCCCCCCAUUCCCAU